CACAGCAAGAAAGAGGACCAGGGAGGGUUACCACGGGCUUGAAUGCCAGCUUCAUUCCAGUGGGUGGGGAGGGGGUGCUUCUUCUGGGCCUUCCUGGCUUGCAGGGGCCCCAUUCCCCACAGCCUGGCCCCCACUCCCAGCAGCCUGGCUUUAUGACUUCAUUCACUGGUCACUUGGUGACAAUGCUGAGCGUUCCACUCCUUCAAGUCCAGGCCCAGCCCAGCCCAGCCAGACGCCUCCCCAGUGGGAAUGAGGACAAUGCCUGCUGGCCCGGGUGAGGAGGGGAUGUAGAGGGCGGCGGCACCGGCCGCUCCUGGCACCAUGGACGAUGCCGCGGUCCUAAGGAAGAAGGGUUACAUCGUGGGGAUCAAUCUGGGUAAGGGCUCCUACGCCAAAGUCAAGUCUGCCUACUCUGAGCGCCUCAAGUUCAAUGUGGCAGUGAAGAUCAUAGACCGCAAGAAAACACCCACUGACUUUGUGGAGAGAUUCCUUCCUAGGGAGAUGGACAUCCUGGCGACUGUCAACCACCGCUCCAUCAUUAAGACCUAUGAGAUCUUUGAGACCUCAGAUGGACGCAUCUACAUUGUCAUGGAGUUGGGCGUCCAGGGCGACCUCCUCGAGUUUAUCAAGUGCCGAGGAGCCCUGCAUGAGGACGUGGCACGCAAGAUGUUCCGCCAGCUCUCCUCAGCCGUCAAAUACUGCCACGAUCUGGAUGUCGUCCACCGAGACCUCAAGUGCGAGAACCUUCUGCUCGACAAGGACUUCAACAUCAAGCUGUCUGACUUCGGCUUCUCCAAGCGCUGCCUGCGGGACGGGAGCGGGCGCAUCGUCCUCAGCAAAACCUUCUGUGGGUCAGCGGCUUACGCGGCCCCCGAGGUGCUGCAGGGCAUCCCCUACCAGCCCAAGGUGUAUGACAUCUGGAGCUUGGGCGUGAUCCUCUACAUCAUGGUCUGUGGCUCCAUGCCCUACGAUGACUCUGACAUCAAAAAGAUGCUGCGCAUCCAGAAGGAGCACAGAGUGGACUUCCCACGCUCCAAGAACCUGACUGGUGAGUGCAAGGACCUCAUCUACCGCAUCCUACAGCCAGAUGUCAACCGGCGGCUGCACAUUGAUGAGAUCCUCAGCCAUUCGUGGCUACAGCUCCCCAAGCCCAAAGCCAUGUCGUCUGCCUCCUUCAAGAGGGAGGGGGAGGGCAAGUAUCGAGCUGAGUGCAAGUUGGAUUCUCGACCGGGCUCAAGACCUGAACACCGGCCUGACCACAAGCUUGGGGCCAAACCCCAGCACCGGGCGCCAGUGGCACCCGAGAAUGAAGAAAGGAUGGAGGAGAGGCUGGCUGAGACUUCCAGAGCUAAAGACCACCACGUCUCUGGAGCUGAGGUGGGGAAAGCAAGUAACUAGUGUGGUGGAGAGAGCCCUGGGGGGUCAUGGUGUGCAGUUUGCACUCACAUAAGCUAAAUAGGCAGGUAGGGAGCUGAAGAAGGCCCAGGUGCAAGGAACAAGUAAAAUCCGUCAAUUAAACCACUAUUUUGAUUACGUUCUAUUAGCUUUCUUCCACUUAGUAGCGAAGACAUUAAUGACUGACCACCAAAUAAACCACAAAGUGUAUACAAGCAUUGAGAGUGCCCAGUGGGGAGUCUUUUUCUCUGGGACUCAUCCAGCGCGGGGAUCUCCAGCAUAGGGGUGCAGGAACAGGCAGACUCAGUGAGGCCAGUGGCAGACGGGUCCUCUUGCCAGGCUCACACUUGUCGGUCACUGACUUUUUCCCAUUCCCCAAGGUCUCCAGGACUGGACAGCU